UAUUUUUUAAUAGAAAGAAAUACGUUUCUUGGGAUCAGCACAAUUCGUCAGCGAUGUAGAUGUGCGGCUGGUUUCACAGCCAAAAACCCUAAACCCUACUCUUAAACCCUUCAAACACUAGUGAGAAAGCACUGAAAUAAAUAAAAAUCCUUUCUUUGUCUCCAAACCCCGCCAUGAAUCGAGCCUUCGCCGCUGCGUCUUCGAUCCUAAGGGCCUCUGCUUCUAAGAAACAGAUUUGGAAUGGAAGGACACUCCAGACCAGAGGCUAUGCUGUGCCCACGAAAGACAUUAACUUUGGCAUUGGCGCACGCGCUGCUAUGCUGCAAGGCGUAAAUGAACUCGCCGAGGCCGUCAAGGUUACCAUGGGUCCCAAGGGGCGUAAUGUUAUCAUAUCUAAAGACCAUGGAAAUCCAAAGGUUACCAAAGAUGGUGUCACAGUUGCUAAAAGCAUUGAGUUUGCGGACAAAAUGAAGAAUGUCGGGGCUAAUCUUGUUAAGCAGGUUGCAGAAACCACUAAUACUGCUGCUGGAGAUGGCACAACUUGUGCAACAGUUUUAACGCAAGCUAUAUUUUCGGAAGGCUGCAAGUCUGUGGCAGCAGGGGUUAACGUCAUGGACUUGCGCAAAGGUAUUAACAUUGCUGUGGAUGCUGUUGUUUCUCACUUGAAGAGCAGAGCAUUCCAGAUAAGCACACCUGAUGAGAUUACUCAGGUAGCAACCAUUUCUGCCAAUAAUGACAGAGAAAUUGGAGAGUUGAUUGCAAGAGCAAUGGAAAAAGUUGGAAAGGAUGGGACCAUCACGGUUUCUGAUGGAAAGACAUUUUACGAUGAGCUGGAAGUGGUGGAGGGAAUGAAAUUAGCGAGGGGCUAUAUAUCUCCCUAUUUUAUCACAGACGAAAAGACACAAAGAUGUGAACUAGAAAACACGCUGAUCUUCGUCUAUGAUAAGAAAAUUUCUGACUUUAAGUCUCUUGCCCGGAUAUUGGAGUUAUCUAAGAAGAGAAAUAGAUCUCUUCUGAUAAUUGCCGAGGAUGUUGAAACUGAUGCUCUUGCGAUGCUCGUACUGAACAAGCGACACUCUGGAGUCAAGGUAUGCGCCAUUAGAACUCCUGGUUUUGGUGAAAAUAGGAGAGCGGUUUUGGAUGAUCUUGCUAUUCUAACAGGAGGAGAGGUUAUUUCUGAAGAUCGUGGUCUGAACCUUGAAAAAGUUGAUAUCACAAUGCUUGGUACUGCAAAAAAGGUUACUGUUUCUCUUGAUGAUACCAUUAUUCUACAUGGUGGUGGUGACAAGAAUGUGAUAGAGGAAAGGUGUGAGCAGCUAAGAAAAUUGAUAGAGACAAGUACUGCCAUGUUUGAUAAGGAGAAAGCACAGGAACGGUUGUCAAAGUUGUCUGGUGGGGUGGCUGUCCUCAAGAUUGGUGGAGCUAGUGAAGCGGAAGUUGGGGAGAGAAAAGGUCGGGUAAAAGACGCACUGAACGCAUCCAGAGCAGCUGUUGAGGAGGGUAUUGUUCCUGGUGGUGGUGUUGCUUUGUUAUAUGCAGCAAGAGAGCUUGAUAAAAUCCAUACUUCUAAUAGUGAUGAGAAGACAGGAGUUCAAGUUUUACAGAAUGCUUUGAAGGCGCCUAUUACCACAAUUGCGGCCAAUGCUGGUGUUGAUGGUGCCGUAAUUGUUGGUAAACUCCUCGAACAAGAUAACCUAAAUAUGGGCUAUGAUGCUGCUAAAGGUGAGUAUGUUGACAUGGUGAAGGCCGGUAUUGUCGAUCCGCUCAAAGUAAUCAGAACUGCUCUUGUUGAUGCAGCAAGUGUCUCCUUAUUGUUGACAACUACUGAAGCAGCGAUCGUCGAACAAGCAAAGAGCUCGAAAGUGAGACGAGUGCCUGAUUUCAACAAUGAUAUGGAUUAUUGAUUUGAUCGAAUCGAACAUACAAACAAGAAUACUUUGAAUGAACAAUAAUGAAAAUCAGUUGUAGCCCGCCGGUGCUUUCUAAUGGCAGGGAUAGCUGGCUCAUGCUUAAUUUUAAUGUAUUUGGACCUUAUUACCAUUCUAAAAUGUAACAUUUGGGGUGUUAUUGUGGAAAUUUUAAGCAAGCUCAUGAAAUGCAGUUGUUUUUAUA